UAUUUGUUUGGCCCGUGAAGUGUGAACGAACCCCAGCAAAGGCGCGCAAAUUAAUAACAAAAAUCUAUACAUCCAUACAAAACCGUAGUGUUUGGACAAACAAAAAUCUAGACGACCUUCGGCUCUCGCACGGCCACUACUCCCACACGCUUCAGAAAAACCACCUUAUAUCUCACGUUUCUCUUUCACCUCCAUAUCAUCUCCCCCAGUACUCCACCUAAUUGUCCCAGCUCCUUUAACUACUACUCUCAAUUCUCAAACGUCUAUCCCUCCCACAUGCACCCAGUGAUCAAUAUAUCUCUCUGAUCUCUCUCUCUCUCUCUCUCUCUCUCUCUGUGAAGUACUUGGAAUAAUCCGAACUUGUAUUUUUUACGGAUCGAGACUUCUAUAUAUAUUUUCGUUAACUUGGAUAAACCUCUGAAGCCAAACCUAAUUGUUAAUUAAAAACAUCAUGAAUUGCCCGGUAGAUUGGCCCGAGCCAAUAGUUCGCGUCCAAUCCUUGUCCGAAAGUGAAGUACCAGUGAUUCCAGACCGAUACAUCAAGCCGCCACUAGAAAGGCCAACCGCAGCUAAACAAAGUACUGAUGCUAGCGAUGUUAAUAUCCCAAUCAUCGAUCUUCAAGGCUGGGACGGAGACGAUGAUCUUCGUGCCACCAUACUUGGCCAAAUAUCUGAGGCUUGUCGAAAGUGGGGGUUCUUCCAAAUCCUCAACCAUGGAGUUAAUCCCCAACUACUGGACCGUGCCCGAGAGGUUUGGCGCGAGUUCUUUCACUUGCCAAUGGAGAUGAAGCACGUUUAUGCUAACUCACCGAAAACUUAUGAAGGGUACGGUAGCCGACUUGGGGUGGAAAAGGGUGCCAUUCUUGAUUGGAGUGACUACUACUUUCUGCACUACCUUCCAUUAUCGUUGAAGGAUUGCAACAAAUGGCCUGCCCUCCCGGCUGACUGCAGGGAAGUGCUCGAUGAGUAUGGGAGAGAACUAGUGAAGCUGUGUGGGAGAUUAAUGAAACUUUUGUCUAUAAACCUGGGAUUGGAAGAGGAUGUUCUUCAAAACGCAUUCGGCGGCCAGAAUAUUGGAGCCUGUCUAAGGGUGAACUUUUAUCCAAAGUGUCCACAGCCUGACCUGACCCUUGGUUUGUCAUCCCACUCGGACCCAGGUGGCAUGACGCUGCUCCUUCCAGAUCAUCAAGUUCCUGGCCUUCAAGUCCGUAGACAAGACGAAUGGAUUACUGUCAAACCGGUUCCCCACGCUUUUAUCGUCAAUAUUGGCGACCAAAUUCAGGUUAUAAGCAAUGCAAUAUACAAAAGCGUGGAGCAUAGAGUGAUUGUAAAUGCAGCCAAAGAGAGGGUCUCCCUCGCUUUCUUCUACAAUCCGAAGAGUGAUAUACCCAUAGGGCCAAUAAAGGAGCUCCUCGCACCGGAUAAACCUGCUUUAUACGCACCCAUGACGUUCGAUGAAUAUAGGCUUUUCAUAAGAAUGAGGGGUCCUCGUGGCAAAUCACAAGUGGACUCACUCAAGUCUCGAUCGAUGACAUGAUGAUCAGUUUCUUCCACUGUAAAUAGCUAGCCUGCCCUCAUGAUGAUCCCCCGGCCUACUGACUAUCGAUUCAAAUAUUGUACAUGCAUCUUGUAAAGGUACGUACGCACGUACUAGUGUAUAUAUAUAUAUAUAUAUAAUAUAUUCCUUUGAAAAAGAAAAAGGAAAAAAAGGAUGACACUGCAUCGUGGAUUAGAACGAACGAGCUAGCUAGCUAGCGGAAUACAGAAAGUGAAGGAUAUUUGAUUGGUCUCCGAUAUCCAAUAUUUGGGUUUUAUCAUGAUCACGAAUCAAAAGUACUGAUCCUGAUCAAUAAUAUUACUUGCAUCUUUUUAAUUCCCACUUGAUCAACUUGUUAACCAUGCAGGCUAGUACAAAU